AGGCCGUAGGAGAGACGGCGGCGAAGCGGCGCCGAAACCGUCCCUCUCGUCUGUCGUCUCGCGACCGUGUUGCCCAAUUUCCACGAUCCUGGGCUAAAAGCCUAAGCGCUCCCGCCCCGCUUGAGCUCAAGAUGUCGGCGGGAUCGUCGGUGGCUAAUAAGCCGGAGGGUGCCUCCGGUUCCGUUUCUCAGGUUGAGGCGUUGUUCCAGAGGAGGAUCGAGUUUCAUCGCGCGCGGAAGCCGUAUUCUUCCUUCUCCAGCCCCGAUGGGGAUUUCCGCCUCGAAACCCUAAACCCCAGCUCGGGUCCCGAUAGGCCCGGGGUGAGCGCAGCCGCGGCCGUGUCGUCGCGAUCGGGCGAGGGUAGAUUUUACGAGCACGGUUUGGAUCCUGAGCUUAGCUUUCGGAUCACCUUCCGGAGAAUAGGUGCUGGUCUGGCGAAUCUCGGCAACACUUGUUUUCUCAAUUCGGUCAUCCAAUGCCUGACAUACACUGAGCCUUUUGCUGCUUAUUUACAAAGCGGGAAGCAUAAAUCUUCUUGCCAUACAACUGGAUUUUGUGCGAUGUGCGCUCUUCAGAAUCAUGUCAUCACAGCUUUACAGUCGAGUGGAAAAAUAUUGUCACCUUCUCACCUUGUCAAGAACUUGCGUUGCAUAUCACGUAAUUUUCGCAAUUCCAGACAGGAAGAUGCACAUGAGUACAUGGUUAACCUGCUCGAGUCAAUGCACAAAUGUUGUUUACCCUCUGGAGUCCCAAGUGAGUCCCCUAGUGCUUAUGAGAGAAGUUUGGUGCACAAGAUAUUUGGCGGCCGUCUCAGGAGCCAGGUCAAAUGCAUGCAAUGUUCCUAUUCUUCCAGUAAAUUUGAUCCCUUCUUAGACUUGAGCCUUGAAAUUGUCAAGGCUGACUCUUUGCGGAAGGCUCUUGCACAUUUCACUGCAGUGGAGCAAUUAGACGGAGGACAGAGGCAGUACCAGUGCCAACGCUGCAAAGAAAAAGUUAGGGCCCUUAAGCAACUUACCAUUCACAAGGCCCCAUAUGUUCUCACUAUCCACCUCAAGCGUUUUGGUUCUCAUGUUCCUGGUCAGAAGAUUGACAAAAAAGUGACCUUUGAACCCACUCUUGACCUGAAACCUUUCGUCAGCGAUCAACAUGGGGGAGAUCUAAAAUACACCCUUUAUGGUGUACUGGUGCAUGCAGGUUGGAGUACUCACUCUGGACAUUACUAUUGUUAUGUUCGCACCUCCAGUGGAAUGUGGCAUUCUCUUGAUGAUAACCAGGUUCGCCAGGUAAGUGAAAAGAUUGUCUUGGUGCAGAAAGCCUAUAUGCUAUUUUAUGUCCGUGAUAGAGGCUCUACACCUAAGGGAUCAAUUAAUACAGUCUGCAAAGAUAACAUUUCUGCCAGUGCCAUUGGAAAGAAAUUGAUUCCUGAAUCAUCAUCCUUGGUCUCAAGUGGAGCAGCUCAGAUUAGUGCAACAGAGAGAAAACUAAGCACUUCUGAAUCUAUCUCUGUCAAAACCAGAACUGAUGCCACUAAUAUUCAGUCUGGAUUGGUGGACGCCUCCUCGCCUAACCCUUUACAUCAAGCAGCUUCUACCUUGCGAAAGAAUGAUAACAAUGCUCUAAGUGAGGUUCCAGAAUUGCAUAAUAAUACUCAGGAGGUGAAUAAAGAUUCAGUGGUGGUAAAAGCUAUCUCGAAGGCUUCUUGUGAAAAUGAUUCCCCUUUUAUUUCUCAAAGUGGUCGAUCUGAUAGUGAAAAGUGUCAUCGUUCUGGUGGCAGUAACGGAGUGGUCAAGUCUGGUGUCCUUGUUGCUCAGCCAAAGAACUCUGGCUCUCCUGACCCUGAGUCUCAGAAGAAUGAAAUCAAACUUAUCAAGGAAAGAGAUACUGCUAAGAGUGGUGAUGCUGCAAAUGCAAUUUUGAAGAAAAAUGAUGUGCUUUGCAAGAAAGUAAGCUACAUACAUGAAGAAAAUGGAAAAACUAGGCUUUUGAGCCAAUCUAGUCAUACAAAUGGAUUUAUUAGGAAGGAAGCAAAUGCGACCACAUGUCACAAUGAGAGGUGCUCAUUGAACCUGCAAUCCUGUAAGGAAAAUAUUCCUGAGCAGGGGAAGCCCAUCUUGGUUGAUAUAUCAAAGGGACUAGGUACACCAAGCAGCUUUCUUCAGAAGGAAGCUUGUGGAGAAGGCAAAAUAGAUAAACAAAUGGGGCUGAAGCCAAAGAAGCUUGCAAAAUAUCCACAAGUGGGCCUCCAUUUUGGUCGGAAUCAUCUGUUUCUCUCUUCUUUAAACCUGCGUCUGAUUAAUAAAUUCAAGAAAAGGAAGAAACCCCAUUUAAGUUCAAAAAAUUCACCAAAAGAUAAUAAUAUCAUCCUAGAUAGUCAUGGUGCAUCAACUUCUGAGGCCACAGAAAAUGUUUCUGUACAUAAACAUUCUCAUUUAGAACACUCCUGUUCUGGAUUGAUCAAAGCUGAUAAUGCCAAAAAUGUGAAGUGGAGGAAGUACUCGAAUAGUGAAUCACUUAAUGUUGCUGGUGGAGGAGAGGAGCUCAACAGUAUUAAGAAUGCAGUACUUGACCCUAAUCAGUUACCGAGAACUUGCUUGGAUACCGCAGAGAAAGUGUUGAGCUCAAGAGUCAUUGAUGCAGAUGAUAAACUUCUACCUCGGCAUGAUUUUUUGAAACUGAUGAUGGGGGGUUUGAAAGAAACAACUGUUCCAAGGUGGGAUGAUACAGAAUUACCUAAAUUGGAAUUAAAUGGACCGGAAAGCUCAAGAAGAACCAGUAUUGGUUAUGUACUCGAUGAAUGGGACGAGGAAUACGACCAAGGCAAGCGGAAGAAGUUGCGGAAAUGCCAACCAUCUUUCGCUGGAUCAAAUCUAUUCCAAGAGACUGCCAAUCUUAAAGCAUGGAAGAAGUCCAACUCAAAACCAGACGAAACAAGAUUUGGGAAUCAACCCUUCAGGAUAUGAUGGUGAAGAAGAUGAAGAAUUCGUUAUUGUUGUAUCUCAAGGUAAUGUUGUUGUAUAUAUAUAUAUAUAUAUAUAUAUAUACAAACAACCAAAGAGACUAUUUAUUCAUUAUUUGCGAGUAAUUUCGUCAAAAAGGGCCUAAAUGCUUUUGUUCUCAAAGCUUGUGAGUAAUUUGAUGAUGUUGAAAACUUAAAAUGGCAGGAU